AUGUUGGUGUUGCAUGAUUAUCCCUUGUCUAUGGUAGACCAUGUUGGUUUUAGGAGAUUUGUUGCUGCCCUUCAACCAUUAUUCAAGCUUCACACAAGAAAUACUAUUCGAGGUGACAUCGCGGGAAGAUACAAAAUAGAAAGGAAGAAGGCCAUCGAGUACAUGAGUAUGAUCCAAUCAAGAGUUGCAGUCACCAACAAUAUGUGGGCCUCUCAUAGCAAGAAGAAGGAAUAUAUGGCUAUCACAACACAUUUCAUUGAUGAGUCUUGGAUGCUAAGGAAUAUUUUCAUGAGGUUUAUUUAUGUUCCAACACCACAUAAUGCGAAGGUUAUAGCUGAGAUGCUUUAUGAGUCAUCGGUGGAAUGGAAUCAUGACGAGAAGCUCUUAACCGUGACAGUUGAUAAUUGCAAUGUCAACAACAAGGCAGUUGAGGAGAUUAUGCUCACACAACAGAAACUAGCUUCUGGACUUACCUUCAAGGCAUUCAAGAGGGGAUGCAGGAUUUAA